CCAGCCGCCAUCCCCCGCCCCCGGGUCAGCUGCUCUGGCGAUGAGCUCAGCUGGGGCCGCGGAUGGAGGAGGAGCUGGAGGAACGGCCCCAGGGCUGGCUCAGCGGCUGGCUCCCUGCCUGGCGCCCCACGUCCAUGUCCCACCUGAAGAACGUGGAGGCCCGGAUCCUGCAGUGCCUGCAGAGCCAGUUCGUGGGGCGGUAUGUGACCCUGCCGGGCCGGGCGCGCAUCUGGACCGUCUCGCUGUGUCCGGAGCAGGGCGAGGGGCGCACCCCCCUGGUGCUGGUGCAUGGCUUCGGGGGCGGCGUGGGGCUGUGGGUGCUCAACCUGGACCGGCUCGGGGCCCGGCGGCCCCUUCACGCCUUCGACCUGCUGGGCUUUGGGCGCAGCUCCCGGCCCCCCUUCCCCCAUGACGCCCAGGGCGCCGAGGCCGAGUUUGUGCGCUCCAUUGAGGACUGGCGCCGGGAGAUGGGCAUCACCACCAUGAUCCUGCUGGGCCACAGCCUGGGGGGCUUCCUGGCGGCCUCCUACAGCCUGACGUACCCUGAGAGGGUGAAGCACCUCAUCCUGGUGGACCCCUGGGGCUUCCCCGUGCGCCCCACCGACCCCAGCCAGAUCCGACCUCCCCCAACCUGGGUGAAGGCCAUGGCCGCUGUCCUGGGGCGCUCCAACCCCCUGGCCGUGCUGAGAGUCGCCGGGCCCUGGGGCCCUGGCCUUGUCCAGCGCUUCCGUCCUGACUUCAAGCAGAAAUUUGCGGAGUUCUUUGAGGAUGACACCAUCUCGGAGUACAUCUACCACUGCAACGCCCAGGCGCCCAGCGGCGAGACGGCGUUCAAGGCCAUGACGCAGGCGCUGGGCUGGGCGCGCCGCCCCAUGCUGGAGAGGAUCCACCUGCUCCCGCGGGAGCUGCCCAUCACCCUGAUCUAUGGUGCCGAGUCCUGGAUCGACACCAGCACUGGGCGCCGGGUGCGAGAGCUGCGGCCCCACAGCUACGUCCGGCACCUGGCCAUCGCCGGCGCCUCCCACCACGUCUACGCCGACCAGCCCGCUGCCUUCAACGCGGCCGUGCAGGAGAUCUGCGACUCCGUGGACUGACGGGCCCACGCCACCCCAACGCGGGGGCACAGACGCCCCCCUGGCGGGGCUGGGCCACAGGCUGCGGCCCCCUGUGCCUCCCCAGAGCCUCCCUCCCCCCCAGCUACCUAGGCUCCUUCGCUGCUCCUGAAGCCCCGAGGCCCCAAGUUGGGGGAGGUGGGGACGCAUCAAGAUUGUGCUGAUUGAGGGUUUUAUUCCUCUGUCUCCUGGGCUGGUUCAUUCCCCCCUUCCCCUUUGCUUCGCACUCCUGGGCUGUCCCCUCCCCUGUGGGGGUAUUGGGAGGGAGACACGGCCCGGCGAGGGACCCAGACGCCCAGGGGAAGGGGGGGACACGGGGGGCCUUUCCCCUCUAGGGUGCUAGAUGUGAUCCAGCCCCAGGGCAGGGGAGGGGGAAAAGAGCCCCCCCCCCCGCCAUCCACAUCUCCCUCUGCUCUGUGACCCUCCUGAUGUGCCUUCAGCUCCUGCAGCCACCUCUGGGGCACGAGGACCCCGUGGUCGUGUGUGUGCACCGCAGUUUUGAAUGCACAUGGCUGGCAAGCUGCCAGGAGUCCUUUGCCCCUGUUGUGCCCCCAUGAGCCCCCCAGCCCAUGUGGGACUGAACAGCGCGGCCAGCCAGCGGCCCUGUCCCAGCUCUGCCCUGGGGCUCGGGUUGGGCGGGGAGAGGCCUCGAUGCUGAAGCCCAAGGGAUGGUCCCCCACUGGGGGCCGGCUGGGACCGUCUAAGUGCCAUGUUCCGAACCCGUCAGCUCCCCUGCGGGCCGCGCCGCCGAGCUUUGUACGGGACCCCCCGUUUGUACCAAGUUUCUACCUUAAUAAACAAAACAACACUGGAAAA